UUCAGUUAGUGGAGACAAUUAUCGGUCACAGCCGUUUGAUCACGAGCGAAGUAUCAGACACUGAAUAUGUAUUCCACGCGAACGUCUCAUCUCUGCGAUCUCUCACUACGGCCGCGAUCUCUUGUUCUCGAAUAACUGGAAUGCUCCCGCCUCGCUGGAAUAGCCUGCGGCUAAGUUCACUGUGAACUUUCAAAAUGUCUGCGGUGAAUGAAGACGUGGAUAUAAAUGAGGCGUUUGACGAUAUACUCUUCGGCGAAGAAAUAGCGGAAAAAACUGGGUUUGCGGAAGGCUACAGAGCCGGCAGGACUCAAAUGUCAGAGCCUUACCACUUGGGGUAUCACAGAGCAAGUCAGGUGGCAGCGCAGCUGGGAUUUUACAGCGGGGUUUUGGAGUAUAACCUCAAAGCCAAUUUGUUUCCUGAAAAAGUUAUUGACUUGGCAAAUAAAUUGCAAAGCGAUAUAGAAAACUUCCCGAAACACAACUCGGACUCGAUCGACAUACUUAAACUGCUUGAGGACAUAAAGCUAAAGUACAGCCGCAUCUGCUCACUGGCAAAGAUCAAAUUUACUUAUCCUGAACAAGAAAAACUCGAUUUUUAA